AUGGCCGAUAUGCGCACCUGUGGAAGACUUACAAACCCCCCGGUAGAUGCGACCGACGAGAGCUCAGGCGUCCGCGGGGCGGAACGGGUGAUUGAAAAGUUCAAAGAGCGUGGCGAUACUGUGCAGCGUGCAGCAAUGGAGAAUUGUGCGCUCGAGAACGAGGCUUUGGCCUUGUGUUUCAAGACAGGCAGCUGGCGCAAGCAGAUCGAGUCGCGAUUGACCGCGUGUUCUGCGGAGAACCGCACUUUCUCUCGAUGCUUCGCUACCCAGUCGAAAUUUUUGCAGGCUCUCGGCUAUGCAGCUUCCUUCGACGAAGACCCGGAGAGGGAAGAACGGAUCCAAUUACACGCUGACAAGCUGUACCACCAAAUGCUUGACUAUGAGAAGAAAGUAGAGGAGGCAAAGGCUGCUGGAGAACAGCCGCCGCCUAUACGAUCGCUAUUCCACCCCGAAUCACCACCACAGCCUGAGGUGCCCGCUGCCGAAAAGAAACCAUACAGCCCCGUGGAGAUCCCCGGCGGCGAAGCUAUACCCGAUGGGUUCAAACCUUCGAAGCCACUACACCAGCUCACGCCUCAUGAGCGGGAAUUGGAGAUCAGACUUCACAAUUCCCAAAUUGAACAGCACAAGCUUUACGCCCAGGAGGCGAGCCCCUUCAUGAAGGGUCAUGAUGAGGCCAAGGAAAAGCGACGAGCAAAGGCUGUCAGCUGGUUUGGCGAGACCAUCGGCAAUUGGAUUGCAUAA